ACCGCGAGCGUUCUGUUCUGUAAGCAAACCUUACAGUCACGCCGCUACUACCAACGCAUAAGCUGCUUUCGCUGUGGAAAAGUCUUGACGGGCACCGCUAAAAUCUGAGCACUGUAUUGCAGUCAACCUUUUGUUGGGACCGUAGUCAAGCAAACAUGUCUUUUGAGAAUGCACCCGUAUCAAAAGGGCUCAUGAUGAGCUGUGCCCUGACAUCCAUCAUUGCUGGUGUGUUCGAUGUGAAGCAUUACCUACACCUUCAAUUCGUUCCUCACAUAUCACGCCACCACCAGUAUUGGCGCCUGGUCGCCCACCACUUUGCUUUUUCAAACUCGAGUGAUUUGCUUCUUGCAGAGUUGCUGUUGUAUAAUGUCGGUGUGCAGGUUGAGCGGCAGUUUGGGACCGUAAAGUUUGCGUCGUUUGCCAUUGCUUCCGCUCUAGUCUCGACAAUCUUGGAGUUUAUGGCACUCCUUUUAUUCUAUCGCAUCGGGCUAAACCAUAUAUCGCCAGGACCACUAUCACUUAUUUUUGCAAUCCUUUAUCAAUAUUUCAGAGUGGUCCCUUCAAUCUACCAAUUCCGUAUAUUCAGUGUACCCGUCAGCAACAAAAUAUUCACCUACAUCCUAGCCUCCCAAGUAUCCUCCUUCUUAACCACCGCAAUCACAUUUGACUAACUAAUCGUUAAUUAUUGUAGUUGGCUGCUGGACAUGCUCCAGGCUCUGCGGUAGUAGCCUUGAUCGGUAUUAUUACUGGGCAAAUAUAUCGCUCGGAUCUGACAGACUUGAAGAGUUGGCGCUU